AUGAUGCCUACAACUACAAGCAGCAGCACCAGAAUUGUCCAUCCAUGGAAGUCUCCAUUACCUUACCUCUUUGGCAGCUUAGCCGUAAUACUGCUACUCAUUUUUGUUGCAUUGAUCAUCCUCGUCUGCUCGUACCGCGAGGGCUCUUCUGGAUCAUCAAGUGAUCGAGAUGAAGAGAAGCCGAAAAAGCCCAACACGAACAGUACAGUGUGCGAAGACGAGCCUAAGAUUGUUGUCAUAAUAAUGGCCGGAGAAGACCAGCCCACGCACUUGGCUACACCGGUCACCUCUGUCUGCUCUUGCUCUUGCGAGAAAGUCUGA